CUUGGGGGACUACGGCUCCCAAGGUGCACCGGGUGCGCACGCGCGGGCUCAUUUCCAACUCCCCCGCCCCUCUCCCCGUCUGUGAUAAACAGUGCCGCCGAGGCGCCUGCUCUCGUGGCGGAGCGCUCAGUUCCGAGCAAGAAUCGGCGGCGAGCGGGAGGGCCCUCAGGGCGGGCGGUACCACCGAGAGAUCGAGAUCGAGGCGCGGGCAAAGCCGCCGCUCGGGCCGCGCCACCUUCGGGCGAGGACCUGGGAGAUCGCCGCGCGGGUCCGAUCGCCGGCGGGUGAUGUGGCGGCGCUGAGGGCGGCCGGAGACCCGGAGCGUCGCCAUCAUGGCGGAGAGCCCCUCAGCGGCGGAGUCUCCCUCGGUGGCGGCGGCUUUGGACCCGGAGUUCCCCCCUCAGAGCCGGCCGCGCUCUUGCACUUGGCCGCUGCCCCGGCCGGAGCUGGCGGCGGCCGACACGGAGCCCGGGGCAGCGCCCGGCAGCGGGCUGGGGAGCCCUGAGGAGCCGGCCGGGGUGGCGGCGGCCGGGGCAGCGGCGGCCGCGGCGCCGGGAGGCGGCGGCGGGUCCGGCGGAGCGCGGAAGAGCGGCGGCGGCGGCGGGUCCGGCGGCGGGGCGCGUCGCAACGCCUGGGGCAGCCAGUCUUACGCGGACCUCAUCAGCCAAGCCAUCGAGAGCGCCCCGGACAAGCGCCUGACGCUGGCGCAGAUCUACGAGUGGAUGGUCCGCUCCGUGCCUUACUUCCGCGACAAGGGCGACAGCAACAGCUCCGCCGGAUGGAAGAACUCCAUCCGACACAACCUCUCCCUGCAUAGCAAGUUCAUUAAAGUGCACAACGAGGCUACAGGGAAGAGCUCUUGGUGGAUGCUGAAUCCAGAAGGCGGCAAGAGUGGAAAGGCCCCACGGAGGAGAGCAGCCUCCAUGGACAACAGCAGCAAGCUGGUCAAGCCCAGAGGAAAAGCUCCCAGGAAGAAGGCAGUCAUGCCAGUGGCCCCGGAAUCUACUGCCGACAGCCCAGGCUCCCAGUACUCCAAGUGGCCUGGCAGCCCUUCUUCCAGAAGCAACGAGGACUCUGAUGUGUGGACCAGCAUCCGGCCUCGGACCAGCUCCAAUGCCAGCACCAUCAGUGCAAGGCUUUCCCCCAUCCUAACUGAGCCAGAUGACCUUGGAGACGAGGCGCUCCUUCCAUCCCUUGUCUACUCCAGCGCAUCUAGCAGUGUCCCACCCACAGUGACAGAGGAGCUGGAACUCAUUGACGGCCUGAAUCUGAUGUCAUCAAGCUCAUCCUUGCUGUCAACUCAGCAGCCUUCUCCAGGCGGUCUGGCACAGAGGAAUCCCAGUUUCUCCUUGCGAAGCCAGAGCUCAGCUGCUCAGGCAUCGUCAUUUGGCAGCUCCCUCUUCAACCCUGUUGAUAUCUCUCUGCACAGCUCUGCCAGCCACUUCUCUGGCCCACAGACCCUGGAAGCCCUCCUGACAUCCAACUCACCACCACCCAGUGAUGUGAUGAUGACACAGGUAGAUCCGAUCCUCCCGCAGAGCGGAGGCAGGUUGAACAGCCAGACUUUUCUGCUUCUGGGGGAGCAGUCCUCCAAAAACAGGAUGAGGCCAGUUAACCCAUUAAGAAAGCCUCCAGAGCAGCAGCUGGAGUCGGUUGGCACUGCUUCCUUGCCGACUGCAUUUUCAAUGGCAUCUCCUCAGAAUACAGUCAGCCUGUCAGCUUUGAAGGCACCAGGCUCCACACAGCCUGCCCAGGCGGUCCAGCUGGGCACCCAGCCAUUUCUGUCUGCAGCUACAUUUGCCCCCUGUGGAGGCAAUCAGGACAGAUUGCCCAAUGAUUUGGACGAUAUGUACAUGGAAAACCUUGAAUGUGAUGUGGAUUACAUAAUCAACACUGACCUCAUGGAUGGAGAAGGACUGGACUUCAAUUUUGAACCCAUUCCAUCUGCUCCCAGCUAUCCCAACACGUCACAGGCCUCCAACCAUACCUGGGUACCCAGUUAACUUCAGGAUUGACAAAGUGCCCUUCUGGUCCUGGAGUUAUUGCACUCCCAGAGGAGUCUGGAAUGCAAGGAGCACCUGGUGUCCGUCUUACUGUUCUGCAAACCAGCUGGAAGCAAGGGCGAAGCAAACGGCAACUGGAAGAGAGAGAGAUCCUGUUAAGUGCCACAUCUUUUCCUGAGCCUACUGUUAAGCCCUGCAAGCCCCAUCCAGGAGCCUGAGAAGAGGCCCAGGAAGUGCUCCACCCAUGGCCAAAGACACUUCCUGCCCUUCAUAAGCAUUCUCCGGAUUGAUGGAGUUUUGGCCUGGCCGCGAUAGGUCAGAGAGCUAUCUGAAGGGGGAGGGCAUUGAGCUGGCAUCACCCCUCCAGCUGAUCUCAGCCUCAACUCCCCUUUGACUUGACACCCUGUGGAUGGGGUGAGAAGAUGGUCUGUGAAUCAUGUGGCUGUCUGAGUUGAGAAGUCCCUCCCCUCUUGAGCACUUCCCUUGUUCCUUUUCUGAUGGGAGCAGGUGGUGGUGCUGGAGGAGGAGGAGGAGGCUGAGGGAAGUAAAGUUGCCCUGUUUGGGGUGGUGGUGGUGGGAAGCUGUAGAACUCAUUAUUGACUGUGCACCUGGCCUACAGGUGCCUUCUGGAAGUUAAGGCCCGGUCUGACCUUGUGAAACCCUCACCUAUGUGUUCUUGGGCAGCACUUCUCUGAAACAAUGGCUCCCCCAAAGCAGGCAAGCAGGUGCUAAAAGCUGUUGCUAAGAAACCAAAAUGUCUUCUCUUUGGGUUCGUUUCUGGGCUGUUUUGUGUUGCAGCUGAGAAAUGGAAAACCCAUAUCUGGCCUUAACCAGAGCCCUGAUCUGCAUUUUCCCUUUUUCUAGUCCAGAAGGGCAUUUUUCUACAGAUGAACUAUUUUGGAGGUUGCUUUUUCUUCUCCUCCCCCUGACAUGGGCAGAAGGCAGGGCUUUCUGUGGCAGCCUUCAAACUGUAUUAUUUGUGUCUCUGUAUUAUGAGUGCCUUUCCUUCCCUCAGAGAUGGCGCUACUGGCAGUAGCUGUUGCUUUUCAAAACUGCAUCAAGAACAAUGUGGCAACUCCUUGGGUGCAUUUGCUGGGGGGUGGGAAUGGGAAUGGGGAGAGAAGGGCACGGAAGCAGCUUUGUUCUUUGGAACUGGGGCAGGUGGUGGAGUUGCACGUUAUAGAUAAUUACCUGCAAAGCUAGCAGCAGAUUAAAUAGAAGCUUUUGUAAACCUUGGCGCGGGGUUGGGAAGAACUGUCUAUAUUUUAAUGCAGAAUCCUAUGACGCUAUUGGCUAAAAGUGCAGCCUGUUUUCUUGCAGCUUUACACCUUUUGAUACCAGACAAAACACUAAAGCACACAAGGCCCAGGGAUGGGUCUGAAGAUGGGAUUAUGGGACAGUUACCCUGCUGGGGGGAGGAUGGGGAGGGGUCCUCCUUUCAACCUUGUGCUUUUCAGUAGCUAAUUAUGAAUUGCCAGCAGGACAUGUUGGGGUCCUCUAAGCCUUAGAAUAGCUGGGUCACAGCUGCCACUGCGGGUGCCUUUUGAGCCCUUGCCCACUUUGUGCAGGGCCCUGGCAGAGCGGUGGCUGGCUCAGGCCCACCUCUGCUGAGCAACUGUGACGGCCUUGGGUGGGUUGCCUGCUGUGAGCUUUCGCUGUUAAGCUUGGGAGGCAGAACAAAUAAAAUAAUAUCUAGGAUUCUGAGGGUUGGGGGACCACUUUGUUGCCAUGAGAAAAGUACCUUGAGGAACCAGGGAAACUAGAGGAGAUCUGGUAGCUCCUUGGAUAGAUGGGAGAAUUAAGGGUGUCAGAAAUGGGGACCGUGGGUGGAUUCCUGUCUGGUAUGGGCCCGCUCAGGAAAGGGGCAAUAUUUGCAGGCUAUUCUUUCUGCCCUGGGCAUGUUAUGUUUGGAGUCUCACUUGAGCUACUGUAGGCGGGUCGGAGCAGGUGAGGCUUCAGCCCCCUGAAGCACUCUCAGGAAGGGCAAACAGCACAAGCCUUCUCUUCAGCCACUUACUUUCUAAAAAACUUUCCUCAGAGCCUUCCUUAGGUUAACAAAGGUCCUUUGUGGUUAGCACAGGGCAAAGGGUGUGUUCUGAAGCACAUGUGCAGAAUAUGUCAGCUAGGGAGGCAUGACUUGAGAAAGCACCCAGGCUCCCCCUGCUUGCAGCAGCAGCAGCCCUGGUCCUUGGUAGCACGCUCUUGCUGUUUCCUGCUGUGACCUCCAAGCGAGUCACACUAGGUGUUUGCAGGUUCAGCCCAGGCCCUGUCACCUCCCCUAGCUUAGAAUGGCGCUCCUGUCCUCUCCCAGCACCCAUGUAGAGCAGUUCCCUGAGAGCCAUUGCUGUAGUAGUAAGCCUACCUUUAAAAAUGAGGGAAGCCAGCAGAAUUGAGCAGCAAGUGCUACGCAGCGGCAGGAACUAACCUGCUUCUGAGCCAGGGUUGCUCAGGGAAGUCCCCUGCCUCACUUUGCAUGGCAGGCCUCAGCCAGGUUGGGCUCGGGGAAGAAGCACAAGUAACAUGAAGAACUACAUCCUCUAACUUAGAGUUGGUUAAUUGUGUAAGAACUGCCACUGCUCUGCUUCACUUCUAUGCCUAAGGUGGGCUACAUCAAAGCCUUAGGGCCGUUCACACUAAAAAAGGGGUCAGUUGGUGAUCUAAAGUACCCGAAGGAUGAACUGAUCUGCAUUAAGCAAUUGUGAGCAGCCUCCCAGAACCCCUUGCUUCUUGUUGCCUUUUCCUCCCCAGCUGCUCCAGAGGACUCUGAGUAGGAAGGUGGGGCUGGCUUUGGUGCCUCAGAAUAAUUAAAAAUGAAGGCAACAGAGUGUGGUGCAGUGGUAGAAUGCACUCCUCUUUGAUGAUCUUGGUCUCCUGCUAAGUUAGCUUGUCAAACAGUCGGCGGGGGAAGCUUUGGUGGUUUGGGAGGAGUAGGGUGGAAGCUACGUGUUGGAUAUUUGUGCGUCUCUCAGGGUGGGCUGCUGAGGCCUCUUCUCCCCAGAAGUAAUAUCUAGACACAGCAGGUGACCUUCGGCUGGCCUCUUUCCAGGACGGACCUGUGGACUCCAUGGGCAAAGAGGUCCAUGCUGUGUGCCUGUUCUCCUUGGACUGCUGCCCUGCUCUGGUACAGUUGAUGGCUUGGGGAGAAGCUGGUUCAAAACAGGCUUUUCUCUGUUUCUCCUGAGGAAGUGAUCCCUCAUGCUAAUGCUCUAUUUUGCUUUUGUCCCUUUUGUAACCCGCUUUGAGGUUUUUUUCUACAAUCAAGCGGUAUAUAAAUUUUAUGAAAUAAAUAAUAAAUAAAUUGUAGCAAUACAGUCUCUACCAGCGAUCCCCCCCAAACUGUGUGGAAUGUGCUGGAGGUCAAAACGUGACAAAUAAAUAUCUAUAAUCUCUAUUA